AUGUCACCGCCACUCUCAAUGUCUUCACGAAAAAGAUCCUCCUCAAUAUCCUCAAUUGAAUCCUUUGAUUCGGAUUUCUUCGAUCAAACUUAUGUACCACUCUCGAAUUUACCAACUCCACCUUUAUCCUCACAUUCAUACGAUAAUACAGCUGCCCAUUCACCGAUAUCUCUUUUCAGCUCAGAUGAAAUCCUUGACUCGGAAGUUUUAGGUCCAGCAAUUCAUCUCACAAACCUAAUACCUUCCUCAACUUCUCUAACUUCUCCCUCGACCCCCCUCGUCCACGCCCUCCUAAGUCGAGCCGACCUUCCAAUUGAAAUUCUCGCCCUGGCAGUUUGCAUUCUCGAUUCCCUCAAUUCUCGUUUUGCUCGGUCCUGGCGUCAAUCAUACCCUCUCGAAUCAUUCGAAGAUCAAUUACUCGAACAAUAUAAUUUUCCUAGUUUACAAGCUAGAGAGGAACAACAUAUUGAUAGUACACAUCCUGAAGUAAUAAUCCUUGCAGCCUUAAUACUAGCUACGAAAUUCUUAGAUGAUCAACAAGGAACUACACUCUAUUAUGCGCAGAAAUGGGCCAAAGGUUUAUGGAGCUGUGAUCAAAUCAAUUUUACUCAGAGGUGUAUAAUGGAAAAUUUGGGAUACAGAUUAUUACCACUUUGGUCGGAAGAUAUUAUUGAAGAAGCGAAGAAUGAUAUGGCUAGGGCGGCGAAGAGACAGUCAUCUGCGUCGUAUUGUAUGCAAGAUUGGUCGAUUUCGAUAAAAAAUUGUGGUGUGAGUGGGAUUGAUAAUCGACCAAUGAGUUCGGGGAAAGCAUGCAUGGGUAUCGAAGGGGAAAAUACGCCGCAACCUACACCGAUUGAAGAAUCAAUUAUUGAGAAUUGGACAAUUGUGAGUGAGAAGCCGUUGGGCGGUACUUCGAUGUUGAGUAGGGAAACUAAGAGGGCUUUUUGUGGAAUACUGAGAGGGGAGUCUGAGGAUGUAGAGGUGGAAAGGUUUCCAUUAUAUGUGGAUCCUAUGAUCGAUCAUGGAAGUAUGGCCUUUCUUUGA